AUCAACAUAACUGCAUCUCUUUUGUCUCUGUUCUUUCCGCUGCAUGCUUCUCCAAGAUCAAAUAAUCUGGCUGCAAACGGCUCAAGACAUUAGACAGAAGUUUUUGGGUAUAUUUACAGUGUGUGAAUUUAUGGUUUGGCGGACAGGAUAGGCAAAUAUGUUUUCAUGCUUCGGAGACAGCAAGUAUGAGAAAGCGCUAAUGAGAAAUGGAAGAUCCCUAUUAGAAAAGUCGGUUGCCUUAAAUAAUGGCAGAGGUAAUCCUGUCCGUUGCUUCUCCGUUAAAGAGCUUCAGAAUGCAACAAAUAGUUACUCUCAACAUAAUGUUUUCUACAUUGAUGGAACAUGUCGCCUGUAUAAAGGUCUUAUCCGAGAUCGUCCUGUAAUUGUGAAAAAGUAUGAUUAUAAACAUCCUAGCGAAGACCCCGUCAGUGACAUUGUGAUUGCAUCAGAAAUGAGCGUCCACAGGAAUGUUCUGAAAUUGUUAGGAUGUCGUUUAGAGUCCGAAAUUCCCAUUCCAGUUUUUGAAUACGCAGAGAAAGGAACUCUAGAGGAUUACGUUCAGAAAACAGCUUUAUUGUGGAAAGAUAGGUUGAAAAUUGCAGUCGAUGUGGCUAGUGUGAUUGCUUAUCUCCAUACUGCAUUUCCAAGGCCAAUUGUUCAUAGAGAUAUCUCGCUCGCAAGUAUCUUGCUAGAUGAAGACUGUGCAGCUAAAGUGACGGGUUUUUCCCUAUCUAUUUCAAUUCCUGAAGGUGAAACCCACAUAGAGGAUGAGGUUGCAGGGACCAUUGGGUAUGUUGCUCCUGAAUACUUCAUGAAAAGAAUGUUCAAUGAGAAGAUUGACGUUUAUAGUUUUGGAGUAGUCCUUCUGGUGCUUCUGACUGGCCACGGACCAAUCCUUCGUUCUCCGACAACUAACGAAUCUCAUGCUUUGGUAGUUUUUGUCGAAGCCAAAAUAAAGAAUGAAAGGUUCAAUGAAAUCAUAGACCCAGCAAUUCUUGAAGAGGGGCCAUGGCCUGAGAAAGAGCAACAGCUGAAAUCUUUUCUAACGCUUGCCAUGCAAUGCACUCGCAAGGAUGAAGAGGAUAGACCAGAAAUUACUGAUGUGGCAAAACAACUCAGGCAUAUUUAUCACUCUCUCAUGUCUGAUUGUUAGCUUGUAACUGUAAGUUGUACCCCCCCAUCCACAUUAUUUCUGCUUCCUUACACAUUUACUAUCUUUGUCACUGGUAGCAAGCAUUUAGAAUUGUUAUAAUUUGCACCUCCAGUGGAAAGAUUGAGAAUAUGUCACAGAAACUGUCAGUUUUGAUUCGGUGAAAACUGUAGUCUUAAUGGACAAAUAUCAUUCCAGACUCUGUGC